AUGCCUAAUGCCCAUCAGCCAUCACUAAAACCAAACAGGGAUCAAACAGGGAUCAAACAGGGAUCAAACAGGGAAGCCAUGUCUGGCCUCCCUCGGUCCUCCAGUGCUCCACUGAAGAACGGUCUUCCUCCCCAAGAACUGCUCGACGACCUCUGCAGUCGGUUUGUUCUCAAUGUUCCAAAAGAAGACCUGCAAUCAUUUGAGAGGAUUUUAUUUCUCGUGGAGUAUGCUCAUUGGUUUUAUGAGGACAACUCAGUGGAGAAAAAUCCAUCGCUGAAGUCAUUUAACUUGAAGGAAUUCACUUCCUUAUUGUUUAACAGCUGUGAUGUUCUUAAACCUUAUGUUGCCCAUAUAGAUGACAUAUUUAAGGACUUCACUUCUUACAAGGUUAAGGUUCCUGUAACUGGAGCCAUUAUUUUGGAUGAAACCUAUGAAAGGUGCCUACUCGUGAAGGGAUGGAAAGGAUCAAGCUGGAGUUUCCCACGCGGAAAAAAGAAUAAAGAUGAGGAAGACCAUGCAUGUGCCAUCCGAGAAGUCCUUGAAGAAACAGGUUUUGAUGUGACAAAACUACUUAACAAAGAUGAGUACAUUGAAGCCGUAUUUGGACAGCAAAGGGUGCGGCUCUACAUUAUUGCUGGUGUGAGGGAGGAUACUGCCUUUGCACCACUCACCAAAAAGGAGAUCAGUGAAAUCGCAUGGCACCGACUGGAUGACCUUCAGCCUGCAAGUAAUGAUGUGAUAUCUCGUGGUAUCACUGGCCUCAAGCUUUACAUGGUGUCCCCUUUUUUAGCAUCAUUGAAAUCGUGGAUUUUAGCACAUCAGUCCACAAUUGCUCCAAGAACUGAUAUGCCACUCAAAGGAAUCAGCAUGUGGAAAGCAAAGAACAGCUCGAUAGGGAGUAGCAACAUGAUAGUGGAGAGCCAAUCAACUAAACCCGAACCUGAUGUUCAUCCUCCUGACACGGGACUUGGCAAGAGUUUCAGAAACUUCAGGUUUGAUAUUGCUCCAAUCUUUCAAGCCAUUGAAGCGGGUUUCCGUGCUUAA